UUGUGUCUCUGUGUUGUGAUGAACGGAAAUGGGUCUCCAGUAGGUGAAUCUCUCCGGGAGCGUGUGGAAUUUUUUUAAUAAAAAAAUUAAAUGAUCCGCUUGUUUGUUUUGGAAGAAUCUGGCUUGUAAAGAAGGAUUUGCCCGAGCGGCGCGGUUUGCUCCCUGCUGCUGUCAUUCUGGGGCUUGCGAUGGAAGCGGGGGAGAGAAAGAGAGAGAGAGAAACAUUCCACAUUUUUAUUUGCAUGAAAGUGAAAGUCCUUCCUAUCCCUCCCGCUUUCUAUGGGUCUACUCUGCGUGCGCCCUGCAGCAGAUCCGAGAAACUGACUAAUAUUUUCCUGUUGCAAGGACACAGCUGCAACCGACCUCCUUAAGUAGGAAAGAUACCAUGCAAUUGACUUCCUUUAUUUUAAUUUUCAUUUGGGAGGGAAUGAUUCGGCUCGAAUCUGACUCAGCUUUAUGCAGAGUUGAGCCAUCCCCACCCCCUCCCCAGUCAUGUCCAUUCAUCUCAAUCUGGGUGCAUGAAUUGUUGUUGUUUUUUAAAUCAUUUUCUGGAUAUAUUUUUACCGUCCAGAUGAAUUUCUCCCCAACCCCCAAACGGAAUCAUUAAUGCAAAUCUAGUCAUUAUUAUUAUUAUUAUUACUACUGUAUUACCCCGCCCAUCUGGCAAAGUCAUAGUUGUUUUGGUGUGGUAAAUGUCAAGAGGGCAAAAUUAAAAAAUAUCUAUGCUUACCCUGGGAGUAAGCCCUGCACUGAGCGGAUCUGGCCUUGACUUCUGAGUAGACCUAUGCAGGACUGCCCCCAGCUCUGUGUGUGUGUGUGUGUGUGUGUGUGUGUGUUGUUGCUGUUGUUCAGAAAUGGUGGUGUCAUAAAGGCAGAGGGGGAUCCUCACCUCUGAAGCUGGUGGAGGCUUUUCUGUUCUGUCUCGGAUCCUGCUUCCCAGCAAAGGGGUGGGGGGAUUCCUCUCUCUCCACCCCACCCCACCCCACUCGCCAGCUGCCAAAAUAAGUACCAGCAGCAGCUUUUGUGUCUGCUGCUCCCUCUGUUCUUCCACCCCACAACCCCGACCCCGGUAUUAAAAAUAAAAUAAAAAUAAUUUUACAGCAGAUCCUAACUGCCGUGCAGUGUGGAAGGAGGGGCUGUCAAGAAACCCAGGCUUGUAAACCCUUUUGCAAAAGGAGGGAGAGAGUCAUUUGUUUUUGCCUGCAGGUCUUGCAACGGCAAAAGGGUUUCUGUUUAUCUAUUAUUUCGCUGCAUUAGUUGCUCUCUUUUUCCCCUCCCAAAAAUCUGUCCUUUUAUUGCGUUGAUAGCAGCGUCGUGCCUUGGACGCCUCUUAAACCUCUGCCUUCGCUUUUCUCCAUUUCGUUUCUUUUUUGAAACUCGCUCCCUAUAGUCUCCCUCUUGGCUGUCUCUCACUUGAUCCGGCCAUUGGGUUAAGAUGGCAUUUGUGGAGUUAUGACUGGGUAGAACUUCCAUGGCCAGGAGAAGUCUACCCCUCAAUAUCAGCCCAGUGUGGGGAAGAGCAAUAGAUCUGGCCUCCCUAGAGAACAGCUUGCCCACGGAGAUGAUUCCUUAAGGCAGAAGUCUGUGUCUAAGCUUCCAGGGCCCUUGGCAUGUUUGACGCAAACAAUUCAGAGGACCUGUCUAUUCACCCCUCAAGCCUUUUUUGUUUUUGUUUUAAAGGAGUGGAACCUCCAUAUAUAGCUGCAGUCAAUCUCUGAUUACCGGAAACUGGGGGCAAGCCCAGGCCCUCUGUCAUUCCUUGCUUGCGAGUUUCCCUCUGUGUGUGUGUGUGUGUGUGUGAUGGAUUUACCUGGAUACCUCAGUUGUUCAGAGCCUAGCGUUGAUAAUGCCAACAUCGCAGGUUCGAGGCAGCUGCAUAUUCCUGCCUUGCAGGGGGGCUGGACCUCCCCUUCCAAUCCUAUGAUGUCGCCUGUCUGUCCUGCAGCCUGAGACAGCGCACUGGGUUUAAGGGCAGAGCAGCCUCCCUCAGCCUCCUGACCUCUCAGCCAUUCAGACUAUGUCUCCCAACUGCGGUGCUGGCAGUGGCUGAUGGGAAUUGUAGUUCCAGUUCCCCCUAGCCAUGAGGUUAUUUCUUUGCUGCUUUUAAUACCGGGAGCUGCAGGGUUAAAAGCCCGCAAGCAAAAAAACCAUCUUGCAACUCAUAUCACCAUGGAGAUGAAAUCAUUCCAUGAUGAUCAGGGAGGGUGUGUGUGUGUGUGGAAAUGAGAAAAGCAGUCUGUCUGUCCAUCAACUCCCCACCUGCUGCGGAUCAUAGUCAGAAGGGGACCCUGGAGGGUCAUCCAGUCCACCCCCCGCAGCGCAGGAAUUUUUGGCCCAACAUGGGGCUCGAACCUACAACCCUGAGAUUAAGAGUAUCAAGACCUGAAAUGAAGGCACUGAAGACCAACAGCAACUGCCCAACAACCCCCCCCAACCCAAGGUUCAAAGCUGUUCUGUGGCAGUAGCAAAUCCACUUCCCACAUGCUCAGAGGUUCGGUGGCUGGAGACCACGCAGUGGGGCGCUAAGCUUUUGUGAACAUUAUGGGGCCGUUAUGGGAACUUGGAGCGAAAAAGCAUUACCGGGCCAGUGUGGGAAAUUAUUUAUUUUGUGGGGAGGCCCACACCAUACCUUUAAAGCAAAGGAUCCUGGGAACUGUAGUUGAACAGCACUGUCCAUUGUACCUCUGUGAAGAGUAAAAACCACAGCUCCCAGGAUUCUUUGGGGGACACCAUGUGUAUUAAGCGUGCUUCAAAACUUGUUCAACCCAUGGCAUGGCUUGGUGAAAGCCAACUCUCUUAUUUAGCUUGGAACCAUGAGGACUGGAACCAUUAUUGGGGGGGGGGGAAAGGUUGUUCCUCUGUGGCUGCACACAGAGAUGUGAUGGGAGAGAGAGACCCCUCUGUCUAAAACCCCAGAGAGUCGCUGCCAGCCAGUGUUGCCAACACCAAGCUAGACAGGCCAAUGGCUUGACUCGGUAUAUAAGCCAGGUUAGACCAACCCUCCGGUCUGAACCAGGAGGGCGAGGCAGGGUCAGAGCAGAAUGUUCAACCCCUCGCAUCUUCAGGUAGAGCGGCGAAACAUCCCUACCUGGAACCCUGGGCAGCUGCUGCUGGCCAGUGUUGACAACACCAAGGUUGAUGGGCCUGACUCUGUGCACAGUCCUAGAUUUCCUCUGGGAGUGUGUGUGCCACCUGCCUUUGCUCUCUCGCUGCGGGUAGGAGGAAUUGCAUUAAGAUCCUUGCACACACACACGUGUGUGUGUGUGUGUACAUGCUACUAGCUCCUUAACCGGUGGGUGCGUGCCAUAAAACCCCUUCCCAUCUCCCCCAGCUAUUAACACCCUCAAGGCAAGUCUUUUCUGCGUGCCUUCCCCCCCCCUUUUUUUGCAGCCACCCGGAUCAAAGCCGCCCGGCACCCUUUCGCUGCUCUUUCCUCGGGGUGGGGUGGGCUCUCCCCCCUCUCUGCUGCAGCAGCCGUCCGCCCCCUCACUGCCUUCCCCUCUUGCUCAUCUCUCCCGUUGGCGUGAGUCAAACCCUGUGUGUGUGGGCUGCUGAGCCAGGAUCCUAGCGCAUGCAUGUGUCUUUUGAAAAGGCGAUUUAAUUUCCAGGCUCCCAACUGCACCUGGGGCGGAAGGGCCGGGUUGGGUGGGCAUCGGGGAGGAGAGAAGAGGCUGCUGCCUCUUUUUCCAGAGUCCGGGGUUUGGGGAAAAGGCUUCGGCCGCUUUUCUCAGCCUCUCCCCCACCCCCACCACCCCAAAGGCUGCUCUGCGGCCUUCCGCUGGCUCCUUAAAGAAAACCAUCUGACAUCAGGCAGUGGAAGAGAGAGAGAGAGAUAGAGAGAAAGGGGAGGAAAGAAAGGGUGCUGGAGUCGAGGCUCUUCCCAUCGCUUCCUUUCCCCAUCCUGCCUUCCUCUUAAAAAUAAAUAAAAACACACCAGCCUUUAAUUUUGCUUUCCUUCCUCAGUUGCAUCUUGAGCUGGGGAGCCAGUGUGGACUGGUCCAUCAUCUCCCGGGGUGUUGUAAUCGGAGCAUGGCGCUGCCGAGGAUCUUGUGAACGGAAUCCACCCCUGAGCUUCCUUUCGGCAAAAAACAUGUGAGCUGCAAAGGGAGGAGAGAUGGAGAGCUGGAGGUAACCGGGAGAGAAAGAGAGAGAAAGGGAAGAGAAGAAUCUACAACCUCAUCGAACACAUUGCCUCUUCUGCAAAUUUUGAUAUAUGAGGACAUAUCUCUCGAGGACAGACAAUGAGCGAUGAUUUGAGCGCAUGGGAAAACGCGACCACGGGAGGUGUGACGACAGUGCCUGGCGAGGUGAAGACCCACGAUGGGUAUGUCCUGCUCCUGGUACUUCUCUCAAUCUUUAUUGGAGGCACCUUGGUGCUUCUCUUCGGCAUCCUGAUCGUCUGCCGACGCUGCUGCGAGCCAGACCGGCGGCACUCCAGAGCCAGCGAUGACCCCGAAAAAACAAACACUACCUAUCUGGAUGACUCCCAGCCGGCUCAAGAUAUCACCAUUAAGGUGGAUGACCCCGAUUGCAUGUCGAGCUCCAGUUACCGAGACGCGGAGAGCGAGAGGUUCCUCUCUUCGGGAAGUGCCACGGGGCGACGGGUGUCCUUCAACGAGGCUGCCCUGUUCGAGCAGAGCAAGAAGACCCAGGAGAAAGGGAGGAGGUACACCCUGACUGAGGGAGACUUCCACCACCUGAAGAAUGCCCGCCUCAGCCACCUGCCCUUGCCCCCGUCCGCCGCCCUCAAGAUUGUCACCAUCCAUGAGUCCAACGAGAACAGCAUUGCCAUGACACCUCGGCACCCCCCAGCCAAGCCUAGCCUGGCCAUCUUCCAGCACCCCUUGCCGGAGACGGCCCUGACCAGCCAUGGAACCUGCGCCAGUUCUGCCUUGCCGGGAGACACCUAUAAUUCCACCGUCGAGGCUGGCUCCUCCGCUUCAUCGGAUUCCGGCGAAGGCACCUCGUCUGACAGCGCCGGCCAGAGUCCCAAGGGUGCCGGAGGGGGCGGGACCGGGGAGCCCCCGCCGGCCCCUGCCCCGGGCACUGUCCUUCACUUCUUCACCCGUCUGCGCCGCCAUGCCAGCCUGGAGGGCGCCGGACCCUACUUUCGGAUCAAGAAGUGGAAGUUGGAGACGAGCCAGAGAGCUUCCAGCCUGGACACACGAGGCUCUCCGAAACGGCAUCAGUUCCAGCGGCAGAGGGCCGCCAGCGAGAGCAUGGACCAAGAAGACCGCGACCCCCACCAGACGGACAUCAUCCAAUACAUCGCCCGGACGGAUGACGUGGCAUUCAGGCCUGUCAGCGGGCCAUUCCUGCCCGCUCCAGCCAGCUCCACCUUAUCCCUCGGCAGGAUAGAGCCAUCAGAGCAACCCAGCCCCCCCUCCGCUGAGCCCCCCGCUUUGGAGCCGCCACCGCCGCCGCAGCCACCCACCCCCCUUUACCAUGACAUCUGGAGCCUGCGGGCCUCGUUGGAGAUGUACGCUUCAUCGGAGCAGGGCAACGACCGGGACUCGGUGCGCAGCGAUGGCGGGGAGAGCCUCUCGUCGAGCGGCGGCUUGCCUAGCUUCUCUUCUUCCUUGGCAGACGAGGCCGAAGGAGGAGAGGAACGGUUGUCGGGGAAAACCAAGCAGGACAGCGUGGAGUCAGAGGCCGGCACCCGGAAGCUCUUGCAGAUGGACAGCGGCUAUGCCUCCAUCGAGGCUCCCGGUGGGCGUGUCGGUGAGGACCAGACGGCCUCGGAGAAGCGCUAUUGCUUCACCAGCGCGGGCCGCCGAGCCACCAUCUUCGAGAGCUUUGAGGGCCAAGAACCGGAGGAGGAAGACAAGGUUGCGGAAGGGGCGGCCGGCGGGCCGCCAGCCCCACUGAGCCCACUGGUUUGGGCCCCGUACGGGCAGCUCUUCCCCACCCGGGACACUCUUCCCCGCCGGGACUACAGCAUCGACGAGAAGACGGACGCCCUCUUCAACGCCUUCGUUCGCCACGACCCUCAGUUCGACGACUCGCCACUGCGGGCAAAGCACCGUUCCCGGACGCACCUUCGGAAGCAGUGGCAGCGUGCCAAACAGUACAGCGACCCCGGCGUCCGGUACCCGCCGGCCCUGGAGAGGCACCGGACGCCGUUGCGGAGGGGCGACAGCGUCAACUACCCGCUCGAAGGGCGCUACCAGAGCACCUUGCCCCGCAUCGUCAGCGCUGGGGACGAGGAGGUGGCACCGGAGGCGGCGGAAGCCGGCGACAAAAUCCAGGUGAUAGAAGAAGAGCCGCCAGAGGAGGUCAAGGUGCCGCCCGACCCUUAUGGCAGCGGCUGCCUCGAGGACGGGCAGUGCCCGGGCCUGGGCACCGAACUGAUGGACAAGAUAACCGGGGGGUUGGAGGAAAGGAUGUACGGGCGCUUGAAAAAACCGAGAGAGAGUUCAGAGUGCGUUGUGGCUGUGGCAGACGCCUCUCCUGACCCUAGCCCGGAGUAGAGGAGCAGGGGAAUGGUGUUGACUUUAGGGUGAGGUAGCCGUCGCUCUCUCCCCAGUCCCUCCCUAUGCCGGCAUGGGAUUUGCCAGCCAACCAGGGCAAGGGGGCACACACCAGGGCUGCCAUAGAGGUUGCGCUAUCUUGGAGGACUGCGGUCCUGCUUGGGCAGGUACCACGCAAGGGACGUCGCUGCAUCCUAGGGGAGUCGCCAUCCCGCAGGCAUCCCUGCCUCUAGCCGGACUUGAAGUCCGCAGAGGGUCGAGGGAAGCUCUGGUCGAGGCUGCAUUUGUCCGACGGGCAGCAGCAGGCCCUUAAGGCUUGGCCUUCUGCAUGCGAGGGGCCAUGGAGGGUGGGACCUUGCUCCCGGCAGCCUCUGCUCCCUUCUUGCCGGUGCCCGAGAGGGGUUGGGGUUGGGGGGUCUCAGUUCUCCCUUCCCCCUCCGAGGUGGGUUUGCCAAAGCAGGCGCCUCUAUUGCACAGCCCGGACGUUACGUUUCCGAGGGGCUUUUUCUCGCUAAUAAUAGAAGACCCCGGAACCUAGCAGAGGCCCGACUUUUACCUCACGACAUUAAGAAAAAAAAGAGCUGGUUGUAGCAGAUAACUAUAAUGACUCCUUCACCUUUGCACACAGACUCUCUCUCUCUCUCUCUCUUUUUUUGCAAGCAAUAACCUUAUCCUUUCCUCCUCCUCCCUCCGUCUGUCGCUGGGCGUCCUCUUGGCGGGAGGCAGCAACAACCUCGCCUUCCAGAUGGGACAGAAAAGCCUGCCCGCUUGGCCCCGAUCUCUCACCCAAGUUUCUUUCCAAUGAACUUUUGUUGGCAUGGAACCGGCUCCAGAAGAGCCGGCUAUUUUAUUAAGCUGGGGAGCUGCCUGCCUGCCUCCAGGGUGGAUGAAAAAGCCAUGGGUUCCUGCACAGGUUUGGAGCGGGUUGUGCCGUUUUGGCAAAGCAAGGCAUGCGGGUCACAGUAGAAACAGCACACCCGACUUCUUUUCCUCCGAUAGCUCAGGCCUCCGUGUCUCCUCGCAUCCCUGUUACUCCUCCGUCACCGAUUCUCUUAUUAUCUCCGACUUCUCCCGUCCAACAUAAUUGUACGCUGUUCCCCCCCGCUUGCUCUGGCUUUCCGUCCAACGCCAGCGUCCCUUGCGCAGAGAUACCAAACAACUUGAUCGGAAAAGGUGGGUCGGAGCUGCUACUUGAACACUCCCAAGUUUCUAGUCCUCAUGCAAACUGGGCUGCAGAAUGAGAAAUACCCUGGUCUUAGCAUCAGGGUUUCAUGGAUGAUGCAGAGGUUACUGAUGUCUCUGUGUGUGUGUGUCCCCCACCCCCACCCCCGCUGUUGGACUGCUAGUCUCAGAAGCCAGGAAGUCUAGUAGAGCCAUUGGAAAGCUGCGCAUUUUUCCUCCCCAGGCUGAGAUAGGAGAGCAGCGAGUUUGGGGCAAGGCCCAGCGGAAGAAACAGAGGGAGAUCAGCCAUAGCCCUCACACACUCGGCUACAAAACGCGCCUCUUCCAACAUGCUAUUCCGCAAUCUGCGCCGUUCUCCAAAUCGAUGCAAAAGGGGUGUGUGCAUUCUCUUUUUUAUUUUAUUUUUAAAAUUAAUUAUUUAUCCACAUUUGUGGUUGAAGAAGAAGAAAAUAAUAAUAAUAAUAUACAAGCGGACGGUCUUAUUGCGCCUUUAAUUUUUAGCAGAUUAUAAGGUGGCGGCAGCAAGCUUUAUUUUUUUUCUUUUAACGUAUCGCUGCUACAAGCACAUCGCUUGGGGAGGGGGCAACUGGCCCAUCCACCUCCACCUCCAACGCCGCCAUGCAGGGUGUGUGUGCCAAAUCUUUCCUUUCCUAACUUUUUCCCCUCUUGUGCUUCAAUUAUUUUGCAUGUCAACAGAGGGUGGGUUUGGGGGAGGAGUGGGGAGGGCGGUUGCCUGGUUGGAUGUGUGGGUCCCGCCCUCCCGUUUUUCAGUUUUCUUUUCAAAAUCAACAUCCAAACCACUACUUGAAGGGGGUGGGGAUCGGGGUAGGUAGGGGCUCGGAAAAUAAGAGAAACUAAUUUUUGUAAAAGUGAGAAAGUAAGUCUGCUGCCAGAGGUGCGGCGGGCCGAUCUUUUUUCUCCCCGCCCCUUCUUCUUUUGGAGAUGCGAGAAUAUAUAUAUACACAUAUAUUUAUUUAUUUAUUCCAAAGGUCUAGCUUAUUUUGCCACCUUGCUCUUGUCAUUGUCGAAAUCGCCAUCAUCAUCUAGCUUGUGACUCCUGCCUUGCAAGGGGGUUGGACUAGAAGACCCUUUUGUGUGUGUGGGGGGGGGGUCUCUUUCAACUCUGCCCAUUCUAUGAUCACAAUUGUCUUCUCUCUUUUUCUCUCGGCGUGGGGGGGGGCGUCUUUCCUCCCUGCUUUGUAAAAGCAGCAGACCAAACCACGAACCUCCUUUUUUUCCCCUUUUCAAGGGAGGGGGAGAGCAAAAAAAUAAAAAUAAAAUAUAAAAUACAAGACUUUAUUAAAAAUAAACGAUGUGCCAACAUUUUCCAAUGGGUGUGUGUGGUCUUCUUUUCCCCUGAAGUCGUGAACGCUGUCAGCCCCAGAGGUUGUAUAUAGGGCCUGGAGUUAGAGCUCCCUGGUGUGGCUUUUGCCAAGCAGGUGUCCUCUCUAGCCCAUGGGUAUGCAAACUAAGGCCCGGGGGCCAGAUCCGGCCCAAUCACCUUCUAAAUCCGGCCCGCGGAUGGUCUGGGAAUCAGCAUGUUUUUACAUGAGUAGA